CUAGCAACCGUAGUUGUGACAGUAAACACUGUCACCAUAGGGAAACUGAGAAGUCCGAUGCUGAUUUCAUAUUACUAAUCCCAAAUUAAUGUUUUAUGAGACAUGCCUUUCGAGAGAGAUCCAUUCCCAUAUCCGAAAUUCGAAAAUGACGUCACAUUUACAGGCGAAAAGACGCAUAAGAAGUCGCUGGACACCAGGCCAGCUCAUCUGGCCCAAAAUGACCAGCCUUGGUGUCGCCUGAAUGACGGAGCUACUCUCACCAGCUUGAGGCGCAAUGUACUGUACUACGAUGAGGAGGCUCCAAGGGACAGUCUGGACUUACACCUCAAAGCCAUGUAUGACCAUCACAUUGAGUUCCUGAAAAACAAAAAUCAGACCCUGUUCCAGAGGGAGACUGUCACAGAGGAUCACGGAAGAAUUCUGAAGAAUCGGGUGAGAAAGGAACCUCCCAAGGAUGAUGUUGAGAGAGAACGGAUAAAAGUGUGGUCCAGCUCCCAGAAGUCAUCCAUCCAUAGCAUUGAAGGAACAAUAGAGUCUCAUCACAACGCAUCCACGAACAGGGGCUACUCCAGGAAACACGAUGGCGGAUUCUACUUUACAUAAUCGUGGCCUUCAACACCCCGGAAUCCAUUUAUUAACCAUGCAACAUUACGCUUCUUAGAAUUAGCUAAAUAAACACACCACAAGACCA